AGCCUAUAGCUUUAUCAUCUGAACAAUUCCAUGGCAAUAACAACAACAUCAAAAGCGGUCAUGUUUUGGUUAGCCGUCACCUACAUUGGCGCAGCCGCGUCGGCCGUGGUUCCGUCGGGAUCGGAAGUGGAGACGCAAGACCUCGGGGGAUGCCUCUUCUCGUUGACGAGCGUCGAAGGUUGCGUCGAGGCCAUCCACGUCGCUGUUUCGAACAAGACGUACGAUGAACUCAAACACCAGUGCUGCGUAGCCAUCAAUCUGCUCGGCGACUACUGUUGGCCCAUCAUUUUCCCCAACCAUCCUUACGUCCCUCUCUUCCUUAAGGCCGUUUGCAAGGUUCUAGGGAACGCUGCCAAAGUUGAGACAGCUGCAGCACCACCUAACUAGUUUGCAUCAUGUGAAGUUAGGGGUGCUAACUCGGUUGAGUAACUUAAACUCGAUUUGGUCAAAAUUCGAUCAGCUAUUGAUUCGAAUUGGUUCUACUUGAGAUCUUAACAAGUCGAGUAAGACGGACCUUGACUCGUUUAGUUCCCAAGCAACCCACUAUUUUUUUCUCUCAAGAAUGAUUGUAAUAUGUUAGUUUAAUGUAUUUGUAGAUUGUUACCUUGAUUGUA